AUGUCCGUCUCUGGAGACGACGUUGACGCAGCGGAGAUGCGGCCUCCUACAGCCCCGCCAGUGGCUCGCAGGAGGAGUUCUGCCAGCGAUCAUGCUGCUCACACCAAGGCCGAGUUCGCAGGCGCAUGCUACUUCUGCCAGGAGCCGUUGCGCCCUAAGGACAACACCAAGACAUGGCACGGCUACGUCUUCCACGCUAGCCCGUGCUGGAACAACAUUCGGGCUCGCCAGCGCGUCUGCUAUACCACCCAGAACGGCCUCAGGCGCGAGCUCGAGUUGAUGAACGGCGAUCCUGAGAAGUGGCGCUGCGAGGCGAUGCAGUUCGAUCGGCCUCACUUGGAUAGCAACCGAUUGCAUGCGCGCGAAGCUCUGACGAAGCAGCUUGCAGACUACGUGCUCGAGCUGCAGCGCAUGGCUGAGCUGACCUUGACUGACACCGCGAAGUACACCAAGGCACAGUACAAGAAGGCGAAGUUGAGGGGCAUGGAUUCGGACGAGGCGAGCGCCGACUGGGACAGUGAGUACGCAGAGCACCCGACGGUCAACAAGAAGGGCGAGACGUGCAUUGCCAUUGAGGGCCCCGAGGUGACCAGGAAGUUGGAGGGGACGGAGCGCCAGGGCGUGAAGCGAGGUCUGAUCGAGUCGGCGCCUGGAACCUCCUCUUGGAGCUCAGGGGCGGCGUCUUCUGGUGGCGAUGGGGCUAGUCCAGCUUCGGGGCGAACUGGCGGGAAGAGCGGCGCCAGCCUGACGGAGAUGAACAUCCAGCGCCUCACGGAUGCAUUCAAUGAGAUUAGAGAGGAUGACGUUAUCUCAGUGGUGAGCACGCGCGCUCGCGGUUCACGCGGCGCCCGCUUGGCGCCGCAGCUGCAGCCGUCGCAGGGCUUCCUGAAACAGAAGGAUGACAUCGGCACCACGCUUCGGGAGAUCGUCUCAAGCAUCGACGGCAGCAAGAAGGAGAUCGGCGCGAUCAAGAAGCUCCAGGCGCUGCACACCAAGGCCGUGGAGAAGAACAUUGGGGUGGGGGGUCUACCUCAUGACGUCAGCACGGUGAUCGGCGACCUCUCUCGCGUGAGCUCGUUGGCCAAAGGCGAGCUCGAGAAGAUCGGCCCCGCCAAGGUGGAUGCAGUUCCAUCUCUCGAGGAGGCGCUAACGAACAUCCAGAAGCAGAAGUCCACGUGCCUCGAGCAGGUGCAAACUCUCACGGAUCAGUUGAAUUUCAAGUUCCAGAAGGCUUGCUCUGAGCAGAGGUCCGAAUACCAGAAGAACCGCUGGGAGAAGACGAAGAUCCAACAUAUGCUCAGCAAAGGAGGCUUUGGCCUGAACUUGUCCAAGUGGGCGUCGGAGCAGAUCCACAGCACGGAUAGCUUUAGUGGCGCCAGCACGGAUGGCAUGAUCUGUUUGUGUGAGAAGGCGCAGCUCAACCCCGAGGACGGUUCCUUCGACGUGGCCAAGCUGGCUCUCUUCACGGGCGAGAGCCCCAACGAAGACUGCCAGUCGCAUAGUGUGUGGUGGGGCAUGAAGUUGCUGCUGGACGAUGCCGCGAAGGUCUUCAUCGACAGCAAGAUCACCAGCAUGAAGGCUGAGAUGGCCAACCACCCGCUGUGGCCAGGUGCGAUGGGGGGGGUGUCAGAUUGCUUCGCAAACGUCGACGCGGUCGCCACCUUGGGCGCGCAGAGCACCAAGGAGAAGGGCUCGGAGUGCUGGCUCGUGUGUGCGAGAGCUGGCGUCUAUCGCAUUGGUCCUCAGAGCGUGCCCAUGCCAGGCACGCCAUCGAUCCUUGUCGCCAUGGACAAGCCGCUCUUGGUCCACGCCGUGCGCAUGAAGGACUUCUUGGGCCAGGGCAUCGCCGUGAACAACUACGAGCAGUUCCUCGCGACAGCGACGGGAGCAGACAUCAUCAAGCAGUCAACGUUGGUGAUCGUCAACCCAGGGGACAGCUUGUACGUUCCCACGGCGUGGUGGUGGUCCUUGACGGUGAUCGCGGGGCUCCGCGACACGGACACGGUCGGCAUGGCCACGGUGGUGCCAGUCUACUCCCCGUCGCUUUGGGGCGCCGCCCAGAGCAAUGAGCAGGGGGCGAUCGUCGCUUUGAACAAGGCCCACUUCGACACGAAGAAGUGUCGUGCGAUGUGGGAUGAGCGUGCCGCGGCAUUCGGACAAGUGUUUGCCACCUCGUCGGUGAGAUGGAGCUUCGAACCUAACAAGGCCCAUGGCUGCGCGCUCUGGGUCAACGCAUGGCAGUCCCAGCUGGUGGCACGGACAUUGAUGCGAGGCCCUUGCAAGCUCAGGCCGUCACUGACGGCUGUCGUGAUCGAGUUCGGCUUUGCCGCUGCGGCAUCCGAGCCGUUUACUGGACGAACCGCCCGCGUGCACUCAUGGUCCAGCGACGCGCCCGUCGCGCGGAACGAGCGGCCAGAUGCUAUCCUGGUGUGUUUCAACCACUUGCUGCCCGACAUCGCGGCGCGCGGUGUGCCGCUGGAGAGGCUCGGCUUCAAGCCUGGCGACUGGGGCAGCGGAGUCGCCUCGGCUGUCGCCGUCGACGCGUGGGACUUGGCCGCGCCGCUGGAAUACGGAUUCAGAGCGACCGAUCGCUGCGCCAAGGUCCUUUCCGUGGCGGUGGCGGCGUUGAGUCGCCCAGUUCAGUGGCCGACCAUGAAUGCCAUCGCCCAGCCGCAGUUGGGCCGCCGAACCGCUGCUCUCCUGCACGAGUUUCUUGUGUCGCACGGUGCCUGCGACGCCGAGAUCUGCGCCGAGGAAGAGGCGGCUAGGCGGGGCACCUGGAUGCACUGGACGUUCGAGGCCCACCUCAACCGCGUUCCGGUACCCCGCGACGCCGUGGAGUUCCAGUUAUUCCUGAAAUACUUGGGCGCGCUGAGAGGUCUGACGGCUUUCCGCGCAGAGUGGGCCAUAUUCGCCGGGCACGAGGGGCUUGCUGGGUCAAUCGAUUUCGUGGCUCGAGACUCCGCGGGCAGCUUGUACAUAUACGAUUGGAAGCGGGCGAAGAAUUUACGUUCAAAGUACACGAACCCGUUGCAGAAUAUGAAGUUUCCAUUGAGCCGAUGGCCAGACUGCCAGGGAAACUAUUACCGGGUGCAGCUCAACAUUUACAGGUGGAUGCUGGAACGUUACUACGGCGCCCGCGUGGCUGCGAUGCAUGUGGUCUGCCUGCAUCCGGACAACGGCGACCAGCCAUUCGUGGACGACGUGCCGGUGAUCCCAGAGAUCGAGGAGCCCAUGGCCAUUCAACGCACGAGGUCCCGAGAGUUGCGAGCCAUGGCAUCGGAAGACGCUAGCGAGAUGGACCCUCUGGGCGGCUGGCCGCGGCCAGUCGUAGCGGCGCGCUUGCCUUAA